AAUGAAAACGAUGAAUUAUAAGCAUUAAGUCAUCUUUGAUGCUCAUGAAAAGCCUAUCAAACUAAAUAUGAAAACCUCUCAAAAAUAUUAAACUAAUAUUCUGUUUUAAUCUAAAAUAUCUCCUAGAAAAUCUGAUAAAGUAAUCUAUAAUCAAAAGAUGGUUAAUGAUUAUGUUGACAUUAUCAACAAUCGAUUGAAGUUAAUCGAAAAAAAUUUUGACAUAACAAAAAUUUCACAAAAAAAUAAUUUAAUGUACUAAUCAAUAAGUUCAUUACAAACAAAAUAAAUCUCACUUGUUGAACCAAUUAUAACAGAAAAACUAUACAGUAAAACUAAUCUUGAUAAUCAUUCAUCUUUUAUAAAUAAUCGUAAAUCACUAACUAAAGAAGAUAAAUUAUAUUUAUUGUCUGAUCCAAUUUAAGAAAUCCUUAAAACAAGGCAAUCUAUAACUGAUUUAAGGGCAAUAGAAAUUGAAGGAGAUGAAUUUACUUAAUAAUAUAAAAAUAAAAUAAGAGAGGAAUAUGAAAAAGAAAUUUAUCGAAAAGAUAUGCUAUAGAGAAGAAUUUUUGAUAGUUAAUUGAAAUAUCAAGGAAAUAACUCUAUCAAAUAAUUUAUAUUCCAAUAAAAUAUGAAAGCUUCUUAAAAAUUUCACACAGAACCUAUUGAUAGAAAUAAUCACAUAAUUAAAGAAUUUACAGUAGAUAAAAAAAUUAAUCUGAAUAAUAUUAAAUUUACUGCCAUUAAAUCGUUUUAGGAAUCUGAGAAUAACUUUAGUUCUUAAAGAUUUGAAGAUUUGUAUAAAAAAUGCAAUAAUUUCUAUAAUGAAUCUCAAUCAAUAAAAACAAAAAUUUUGAGACUUAAACGUCAAACUUGGAGAAAGUAUUAAAAAAUUUUAUAAAUUGGAGUAUCUUAAAAAGAAAUUAAAUUUGAUUGA